AGUUAAAAAUACAAAAAGAUUCCGAUGCUUUUUGGGUUCUUGAUUUGCGCUUUCGGAAAUCUGAAGCACCACCCACGAAGACUUUGCUUUUGUCUGUUUUGCUCGGAAGAAAAUGGCGUUUUGGUGGCCUCUGCUGGUUCUCGCGUUUGCUUACGCCAUUUGUCGAUUCCUCUUCAUGCUCAUUCCUCCCAAUGUGCCCUCCAUCGACGUCGACGUCUCUGAGGUGUUGGAGGAUGCGAAUCAGACGCAGGAGAACAGCUUCAUCUAUAUUCCUCCAAGGGGGAGGACACAGCAAGCGGACAGGAAAGUUCAGUGCUAUGAGCCCGCCACCAUGAAAUACUUGGGAUUUUACCCUGCAUUGACACCUGCAGAGGUGAAGGAGCGUGUGGUGCAGGCAAGGAGGGCCCAAAAAAUCUGGGCAAAGAGCAGUUUCAAGCAAAGGCGCCAGUUUUUGCGGAUACUUCUAAACUAUAUAAUUAAACACCAACAGCUUAUAUGCGAGGUAUCUUCACGUGAUACUGGAAAGACAAUGGUAGAUGCCUCUUUAGGAGAAAUAAUGACAACAUGUGAGAAGAUCACUUGGCUUCUUUCAGAGGGUGAGCGGUGGCUAAAGCCUGAAUACCGAUCUUCUGGAAGAUCAAUGCUUCACAAGAAAUCCAAAGUGGAAUUUCACCCCCUUGGUGUUAUUGGUGCCAUUGUUUCGUGGAACUAUCCUUUCCACAAUAUUUUUAAUCCAAUGCUAGCAGCAGUCUUUUCAGGAAAUAGCAUUGUGAUUAAGGUCUCAGAACACGCAAGUUGGUCUGGAUGUUUCUAUCAUCAAAUUAUUCAAUCAGCCCUUGCUGCAGUUGGUGCUCCUGAGAAUUUGGUUGAAGUUGUAACAGGGUUUGCCGAGACAGGAGAAGCACUGGUGUCUUCUGUUGACAAAGUCAUAUUUGUUGGAUCACCUGGUGUGGGUAAGAUGAUAAUGAGAAAUGCCGCUGACAAACUUAUCCCAGUUACGCUUGAGCUUGGAGGAAAAGAUGCAUUUAUUGUGUGUGAAGAUGUAGAUGUGGAUCAUGUUGCACACAUUGCUGUUAGGGCUGCUCUUCAAUCAAGUGGGCAAAACUGCGCUGGUGCUGAGAGAUUUUAUGUUCGUCGGGAGAUUUAUUCUUCAUUUGUUAGUGCAGUGACCAAAAUAGUAAAAUCCGUUUCAGCUGGUCCACCCCUUGCUGGAAAGUAUGAUAUGGGAGCCUUAUGUUUGAUAGAGCACUCUGAAAAGCUUGAAAGCCUUGUGAACGAUGCCUUAGAAAAAGGAGCAGAAAUUGCUGCACGUGGAAGUUUCGGUAAUAUAGGUGAAGGUGCAGUUGAUCAGUUUUUUCCCCCUACCGUGAUUGUAGAUGUAAACCACACAAUGAAGUUGAUGCAAGAGGAGGCAUUUGGACCAAUCAUGCCAAUAAUGAAAUUUAGCACAGAUGAAGAGGUUGUGAAGCUUGCAAAUGACUCAAAAUAUGGGCUGGGCUGUGCUGUUUUUUCUGGCAAUAAACACCGUGCCAAAGUGAUAGCUUCACAGAUACAUUGUGGAGUUGCUGCAAUUAAUGAUUUUGCAUCGAAUUACAUGUGUCAGUCCCUGCCAUUUGGUGGUGUAAAACACAGCGGAUUUGGACGAUUUGCUGGUGUUGAAGGGUUACGAGCUUGCUGUCUUGUAAAAUCAGUUGUUGAGGACAGAUGGUGGCCUUUCAUUAAAACAAAGAUACCUAAGCCCAUCCAGUAUCCCGUCGCAGAGAACGGUUUUGAGUUUCAGGAAUUGCUUGUUAAAGCCCUCUAUGGCCUGAACAUAUGGGACCGAUUGCGAGCACUGGUUAAUGUUUUGAAGAUGCUUACAGAGCAAAACCCUCCUGCUAACAGUAGGAGAAGAAACGACUGAGCAUGAUAUGUGAGAAUCGGCCACACUCUCAUGGGUUUGCUGAGUUAUGAUCGAAGAUACAUGACUAACUUCCUUUCGAUAUCUUUUGCAUAAUCCUAACAAGCCUCCUUUUCUUGCUUUGCUUUCUUGUUUAGUUACAAAAUAGGUGACGCAUUUUCUUAUGAGUUUUCAGCUAGAUUUGGUUUAGAAACUACAACAAAUGUGCUGUGGUUUUUUUAACGGUUCAGAUUUAAUUUCACUUCUCA